GCCUUGUUUGUGACGAGACGUUCCCACCGGAGGGCACACUCACCGACCGGUUCCUUGUCAGCUAGCCGACUGACUACCGCCUAGAGCUAUGGAGGCGAUCAUUCUCUUCCGCGGAGCAGGCAUACGAGGCUGCGCGUCAGUACCAGCGGAUGUGCAGUGGCUUCUUCGUCGCCCCAUCCGCUUCGCGGCCAGCCGCCAUCUCCAGUCUCGGGGUACCACCCGAGGCUGCUCCUCGUUUGCUGGUCGUUUUCGUUGCCCGGCUCGACCUGGAGCGCCAUUUUCUCGGCACUACAGUUCUCUCGAGUAUGGAGAGGACGCCUCAGCCGAGCUCGAUCCUACCAUUGGGGACGCCCCCGAGGACAUCGAGCUUCGGGACAUCAUCCAGUACCACUUGAAUGACGACACUGUCCCAAUGGCCGAGCGCCUGCAGAUGGUCAUGUCUGCCAUGGGUCGUGCACGCGGUCGGCUGGUGACUCGCGAUGACGUUGCGUCAUCUCUCCUAGACUUGAGCAUUUUGCAGGCUCGUCAGGAGCAUCUCACGAGACACAUCAACGUCCUGUAUCGUCUUCUCGCUCUCGCUCUGCCCUCUGACCCUGAUCGCACCUUACCCAUCAUCUCUAUUCGCCUAGGGACAUCUACGAGGGUGUACCGCGCUCUAUGGGACUCGGGCUCGCAGGGAGAUUUCGUUCACCCUCGAGUGGUUGAGGAAGCUCGCCUAGCUACCUCUGGGUCUUGCUCUCCUAUCUCCGUUACCCUCGGAGAUAAUAAGACGCAGUGUUUCUUCGAUCAGACGGUCCCCGGCCUCCACUUCUCUCUCACCCUCCAGCCAUCGAAUAGUACCCAGACGCCUAGGCGCUACCUUUCCUCCGCAUACUUUGACGUGCUGGAGACCGGGUACGACUUUAUACUUGGCACUCCCUGGUCUCGCCCGUUCUGUGGCACAGAGGCCGAAUGGGCGACCGAGACACUCGUUCUCAAAACGAAGUGUGGUCAGACUCAUCGCGUUCCGUUCAUUGGAACCACAGGCGACACCCCGCCCGACCUACCUCCCCAGGACCCUCGUCCCUCAGGGUCCCACCUCGACAUCGUGUUCACUUCCCCUCGUGAGUUCGCUCACUUCAUACGACAGGAGGACGUCACGUUCUACUCAGUGAACGUCAUGGAUCUUCUUCGCUAUGAUCCACUCUGUCCCGAGGUUGAGCUCAUCUCUCUGGAGCCCGAUCCCCCUGACCCUCCUCCCAUCUUCGCGGCUCCCAUCUCUACGUCCACCCGUCAGCCUGCGGAUACCCCCUCCACGUCCCAGGCCUCUGCGCCGUCGACUGUUGAGUCCACACAUACGUCUCGUGCCGACGCAGACGCUAAGGAACUCACACGGUUCACGACAGACUUAGAGUCGGUCGUUCGCGACCUGAUUCUAGAGUAUCACGACGUCUUUCCCCAGUAUUUCUCAUACAGCGGGAUUCCCCCGAUGCGCGGUGUUGAGCAUUGUAUCCAGCUCGUGCCUGACUAUCGUGUUCACCAUCAGGCACUGUACCGACUCUUGAACCCAGAGGCGACGGAACUCAAGCGUCAGCUUGAGGAGCUCCUUCGACUGGGUUUCAUUAAACCCAGUAACUCCCCUUCGGGUGCACCUGUCCUCUUUGCUCGCAAAGCGGAUGAAACUUUCCGCCUCUACAUCGACUACCGCGGUCUUAAUCGUUACACGGUUAAGAACAGUUAUCCCAUGCCCUGCGCGGAUGAGUUGUUUGACCGUCUGGCAGGCAACCACUUCUUCACGAAGAUCGAUCUUCGUAGCGGUUACCACCAGAUCCGCGUUGCCACAGAGGAUCAGUCGAAGACCGUCUUCCGAUCGCGCUUCGGCCACCACGAGUUCACGGUGAUGCCAUUCGGCCUCACCAAUGCACCCGCCACCUUCCAGACGGGGAUGAACGACAUCUUCAGGGACAUCCUUGAAGAAUACGUUCUCGUAUACCUGGACGACAUCCUGGUCUAAAGUCGUACCUUAGAAGACCAUCUCAGACACCUCCGCGAUGUCCUACAACGCUUACGCAAGCAUGGCUUUUAUGCCAAGCUUAGUAAGU